UCGAAAUUGACAGCUGUUUUUAGAUGAUAUUUUUGCUUGAACUCAACGAUUUAAUUAAUUUGUGUGCAAAUUUUGCGAGUGAUAAUCACUUUCUCAUAAUAAAAAUUGAAGACUGGAAACCACGUGAAUAUUUGGACGUCAAAAAGUUAAUUAAAAUAGACCUAUGUAGCGUUUUUAAGAAGUGGUUAUAAAUUAAAUGUUAUCUGUAGUGGGAUUGAUAUAAUUUAUUUACUUUCUAAUUUAUCAAUAAAAUAUGUGAUAACGAUGGUAGUUUAGUGUGGUAUCUUGAGGACGGUUGGUAAACAAACACAUGGAUGAUACGGCGUGCUCGAGCACCAGUUAGAAAGCUAAGACAAGUUGUAAAGGUGGUGUGUCAGCAAGAUGAUGCACAUGUGGCUAUGGUUCGGCUACGACCUCGGCGAGUUCAUGUUCUCCGGGCUGACCAUCGCGUCGCGGUGGUCCUUCGCCAUCACGUGGAUAGUGCUGUUCUUUGUGGCGCUGCUGUUUGAAGGCUCCAAGGUAUAUCUAGCGAAGGUGCAGCGCGCGGCACACACAAAACUCUAUCCUUACAGGUCGGAUGAGAGGAGAAACUUGCUGUGUGAUAGGGAGCAGGGCAGCAUGGAGCCGACUACCAGUCGGAACGCCAGCACGGGACAAGUCAGUAGGUGGGCCUCACUCAGAGUGCGGGCUCUGGUGAACACGCACCAGUCUAUAGUGUUCCUGCUGCACAACAUCGUGGGCUACCUGCUGAUGCUGGCCGUCAUGGUGUACAACGUGCAUCUGCUGCUGGCUGUGGUGUUCGGCAUGAUGCUGGGUUACUUCUUAUUUGGCACGAAGCUGACGCGCCUACAGAUGCAGUGCUUCAGCAGAAAACGAGUCGUCAUCUGUACUCCUGAGUGCGAUGAUACAGCGGAAAACACAACCCCACCACUACUGGAUUCUUCAAUGAGCUCAGAGUCAGACUUCUUCAUAUGUCAGACUCGCACGUGCAUACAGCCUUCGCACUACUUCCCCGCCUCACCGCCAGACGGCAGCGCCAACGACCAGAACGCCACCUGCUACUAUGGCGCGAAAAAGUGCCCCUCAAGGGUUGCCAGAGCAAAGAAAAUACAAGCUUCCACAUCACACUGCCACCACGAAAGCGAAAAAGAAGAUAGUCCUAGCGUAGAAGAUGUGCAGCUACUCAGAACUGAGCGGCAAGGUUGCUGCAAGAAAAAGCAGGAACCGCCCCCCGAGGAGAAAUGCUGUAAGAAGGAAACUACUGUCAUAGUCCACGAGCCUAGUCAGGGCUGCUGCAAGGAGGAGAGUCCGGAAGAACAGCGCCAGGAUGUGAGGGAGCAGAGCCCGCAGAUCACGUGCUGCCACAACGCGAAGUCAGCGCCGAGUGACAGCCAGGAACAAAUCAUUAAGUGAUAGAAAAUAUAGACUUUAGUAUGGUGAUAUAAGAGGCUCCCGUUUUACUGUUGUGGGUGUCUGUGGGUGCGUUUGUGAUUGCCGAGUAUGUAGCAAUAAGUUUUGUAUAUUUUGAGUGUUUCAUGUGGAUUUGGGAUGUUUUUGACACUGAAUCUUAGUCUUCCAAUGUAUAUAACUUUGGAGUAUUAAACCCUCUGUGAUUGGUUUUAGAGGAAUGUUUGUUUAUGUAAAAAGUGAUGACAAACGCGCCCGCAAUUAGAUUCUGUGAUACAUUUUCUGUUCUUGAUUUCUGACUAAUAAUAUAACGUUAAGACUCUUUGACUAUACAAGACAUCCAAAACAGUAAAACUUAGAAAUUAGACAUUUUAGUUUAACGAAUUGGUCGACGAAUGACAUUUAAAAUUUAGUAUUUUUUUAUUUGUACAGAAAUUUUAAUAUUUUUGUUAGAUGUGUAUAGUUUUUAAGUUUAUUUAUCGGCUUGGCAUAUGACUAUUGUGAAAAGACUAUCAGAAAUGUGACGAGAAUUAUAAAAUGAAGGGCUCUUAUAAGGCUAGAGGUGCACCAAAUUCAUUCAAGAAAUCAAUACGCGCUUUAUUUGUGCAUCCGAAAGGCCUUUUAGCAAUAAAAUUCUUCAUUAACUUAGUUUGACUAACUGAAUAGAACACAGCGUAGUUUUUUUACUUAGAAAUCGUCUGAUUUAGUGAAUUUAUUUAUCUAUAAUGUAGAUUAUUUUUAGAUCGCAAAUAUUUAUGAACAUAGCGAAUUUGCCUUAGAAAUAAUAAUGUGCCGACCAGAAUAGAUUUUUGCCGUUAUGAACGAUUUUAAGAGACUAAUUAUUAUUAUUUUUGUUAGAAAUAUUGUGAGACAUUUGAAUUUGUAUCAAAUCCCAGAACGUGGCUAGUCAUUAACGUUUGUUUUCUUUUAUUUGAAAUAUUAUAUCAUCCAUAUUCAAGCCGCUAUUUGUAGUUUAAACGUAAAAUUACCUAUUCUUCCAAAAAUUGUUGCCCAUUAUUGUAACCGAAUUAUUUAGGGCAUGUUCUCACUUCGCCGUAGCGACAAAAUAUCGUGAAGGUUGGCUUGUGUAAUACAAUAUUAUGGUUUUAAAUGUUAAAGGUUUUCGUAAAGACGACACGAUAAAUUACCGCCCGUGACGAAGUGGAAACGUGCCCUUAUUUUUUAAUGUUUUCUAAUAUGUUACAUAGAAAUGUGUUCGUUAAUAUCAACAUUAUAAUAUUGACUAUAGAAAUGUUAUUUAUAUUUUAUACGUAAUUAGCUCCGCGCGACAAUAAGUUAGUGAUUCGAAGUGCCUUAUUGUUGAGUUGCGUUGUGCCAAAUAUUGAUUUUAUUGGAUAGUUGAGGCACCUGUGUAGAAUGUUGGCUGUUGGAUAUAAUAUAAAUGAAAUAUUUUAGUU